UUUCUCUUCUCUUUCUGAGCGCUCGCGCCGCAGGAUAGAGAGGUAGACAGGUAGAGAGAGAGGUAGAUAGACAGGUAGAGAGGGGGUUAAUCUGCAGUGUGGGGUUAAAUUUAAGCGGGUGGGGAUCAAAUAUAUAUUUAUAUAUCUGUACACAGGUUGAAAGGUUAUUUGUAGCUGUUUUUAGGUGAAUAUAUUUAUAUAUUUGAUUAAUUUCUAGAGUUGUAGAAUAAAUGAGGUCAGUGUUCCACUCUGGUGAGAUCAGGACUGAUAUGUUAUCUCGAGAUAAACGGUGACUCACUGUAUCCGGCUGUGUGUACUGGCUGUAUGUGAGAAAUGGCGGCCUGGUGAUGGAGAUAGACUCGGUUCCGGUGGAGUCCAGUGUUUGGGUCGGGAGGAAGCGGUACUGGGCUCUGCUGAGCGGAUGGUACUUCAGCUGGACUGAGCUGGAUAAGAAGAACAGAGAGAAGAAAACAGUUUCAGUGCCAAUCGGUGAAGUGGUGACGGUGGCAGAGGGCCGGUUGGAGAUCCAGCCUCAGAAGAGAGUGGAGGACACGGACCGGGACUUCACCUUGUUCUAUGUGAAGCGCAGCAGCAGCAGCAGCAGCGGUGGAGGUGGUGGGAAGGGGCCGUUAUGGAGUCUGGGCAGGACCCAGUUCUGCUGCCCAAGCCGGAACCUGAGGGACCAGUGGGUAGCCCAACUCAAAACUGCACUAAAAACUCACUGCCCCUCUCGCCCUCACAGGUUGCUGGUGUUCAUUAACCCCUAUGGGGGAAAGAAGAGAGCAAAGGAGAUCUAUCACUCUAUAGCGGCUCCUCUGUUCGAGCUGGCUGGCAUCAGCUCUCAUGUUGUAGUUACAGAACGAGCCAAUCAAGCGAGAGACCACAUCCUGAAGAAGGACCUGACAGGGUUUGAUGGUGUGAUUUGUGUGGGCGGCGAUGGAAUGUUCAGCGAGCUCCUGCACGGUGUGAUUGGCCGAACGCAGCAGGAGGCGGGGAUUUCUGAACAUGACCCCACUGUGAUGCUGCAGCCAUGUGACCUCCACAUCGGCAUCAUUCCAGCAGGCUCCACAGAUUGUGUUUGUUUUGCCACAGUGGGUGUGAACGACCCAGUUACUUCAACACUGCACAUCAUUAUUGGAGACUCUCAGCCUCUAGAUGUGUGUUCUGUUCAUCAUCAGUCCACUCUGGUGCGGUACUCCGUUUCUCUGGUGGGUUAUGGCUUCUAUGGUGAUGUUCUGGCUGAAAGUGAGAGGCACCGCUGGAUGGGACCUCUUAGAUACGAUUACUCAGGUUGUUUAGUGUAUCUGUGCAACAGGAGCUAUCAGGGAAUAGUGCAGUAUCUACCUGCGGACCCUCAGAUCAGCAGCCCCAGAGACAACACUCGCUGCCUCUCAGGGUGUAGAGUGUGUUCAGAGAGCACAGAGAGGCUGUUUCCUCACUUCGACAGCAGCAGCUCUAUCUACAGCCGACAGAUCAGCCAGUACAGCAACGAGGCCAACGGUGAAUGGAUGAGUGUAGAAGGCAGGUUCAAGUGUGUGUCCCUCACCUGUAUGGCCAGUUCAUGUCCGCGGAGUCCUGACGGUCUCUCUCCCUCAGCACACCUGGCUGACGGGACAGCUGACCUCAUUCUGGUGAGGGACACCCACCCACUGGGUUUCCUCACGUACCUACACCGACACACCACCACCCAGGAUCAGUUUGAUCUUCCGUUUGUCGAGGUGCAUCGUGUGAAGGCGGUGCGCUUUACUCUUCCUCUGGAGGAUGAGGAAGUCUGCGAGUAUGAGGAAAGUGAAGCUCAGAGCAUUCCUGAAGAAGUGCUGGGAGAUCCUGAAAAGCCUCCGGUUGAUGAAAUUGAAAGCUGUAGAGACGGCUCUCAGCAUGACCUGGCGGGAAAGCGGCAGGACGAGCCGUGGAACAAAAAGAAAGGAAGGAAGUGGAAGAAGAAGCAGGACUUCUUGUGUGGGCUCUGCUGCAGGAAACCGCCCACAGUAUCGGUGUGGAACUGCGACGGCGAGAUUCUGCCGUGCACAGAGAUCUCCUGCAGGGUUCGUGGUCAGCUGGUGCGUCUGUUUGCCAGAGGGAUCGAGGAGAAGGGAGGAACGUGGAAAUGCCAUAAAGGAAGCAGGAACUGUAAAGGCAGAUGCGUUCUUCACCCCUGAUGAACCUUUUAACCAUAAACAUGCUGUACUGGUUCUUAUUUAAGUAAAAAUAAUACACUAUUAAACUGGUCUCAGUUCUCAAAUGAUUUAAAUAAAUACAAAUAAAAAAGAAACCAUGUACUGUGGACUUACUAAA